AUGUAUGAAUCAUAUGUUUUAAAAAGAGGAUGCAUGUAGCGUGCCAUUUGAUGCAAGUGAUUUGAAAAAAGGCAAUAACUUGUUUAAAUUCAAUCGAAGUUCCAAUGGACAAAAAAUCAAGUGAAUAUAAUUCACUACACACCCUAAUGGCUGGGGGAGUAGCUGGUAUUGUUGUGGAUAUUGCUUUAUUUCCCAUUGAUACUGUUAAGACACGAUUGCAAAGUGAAUUGGGUUUUUGGCGGUCUGGUGGGUUUCGUGGAAUAUACAAAGGCUUAGCACCAGCUGCGGCAGGUAGUGCGCCUACAGCGGCUUUAUUCUUUUGUACUUAUGAGGGUUUAAAGAGUAAUUUAAGUAGAAUUACUAGCACACACAAUUCACCGUAUGUGCACAUGUUAUCUGCUUCUACAGCAGAAGUUUUGGCUUGUCUAAUACGGGUCCCAGUUGAAAUUGCAAAACAACGGCGCCAGGCCUUAAGUAAUAAACAAAAUUCAGCGCUUCUAAUUCUUUGGAAUGCAUACAAAAAAGAAGGUCUACGUAAAGGUCUCUAUCGUGGCUUUGGUUCAACAAUAACACGUGAAAUACCAUUUAGUUUAAUACAAUUUCCUCUAUGGGAAUAUUUUAAAUCAAAUUGGACGAAUUGCACUGGCCUUGCCUCGACUCCAUUUACUGUAGCACUUUGUGGAGCAUUGGCUGGUGGUAUUGCUGCAGCCAUUACAACACCACUCGAUGUUGUUAAAACACGCAUAAUGCUAGCAGAACAAGGUAGUGCUGCAGUUAAAUUAAACAUUUUACGCUUAUUAAGAAAUAUACACCGUGAAAGGGGUAUUUCAGGGCUAUUUGCAGGCAUCGUGCCUAGAGUACUGUGGAUUACUUUAGGCGGUGCGUUUUUCUUUGGUUUCUAUGAUUUAACCACAAGAGUACUUGAUACCAACUCACCUCCGCAUAACAAUAUUUAAAAAUAUUUAAAAAAAAAACAAAUUGUUAUAUGUUCAU